GACUCCUCCAACAUGCAUCAUAUUUCCUUUUUUUUCGCGCCUCCUAGGCACCAAACUGUGCCGCAAUGAUUCUUCGACCCAAUUUUGAGAUCCCAUGAAGAAAAUAUCACUCAUGGGAAAAGAUGUCACCCAAAGAAACUGAAAGCUGCUCGUAGUCCUCUCAUGUGGUGGUGUUCCGGUUCCCCUUCCCGCUUCACACCACCACCACUACACCCAUCUGGUCGUCGAUAAUGGAACCUGAUCCCCAUAUCGUCGCCAUAUUCGGUCCCCCUCCAGACGGCCUCGACAUUUCAGAAAGCAGCGUCGCUCGCAACAAUGCCGCCGUUAUAAUCCUAGCCGUCCUGGCUUCCGUCGCUGUGGUGCUGCGGCUGAUGGCGAGGUUUCUUCAAGGACAUAGUCUGAAGGCGGAUGAUUGGGCGAUUCUUGUCUCACUUCUUCUCGUAGGCGCCACCGUCGGCCUCAGCAUCGCAGGCGGAGCCUACGGCGCAGAAAACCACGUCUGGUUAUUCACACCUCUAGACCUAACGCAAGUCUUCAAAAUCCUCUACGCCUACACCUUCAUCUACGGCACAGCCUGCGCCGCCACCAAAAUCUCCAUCCUCCUCUUCUACCAACGCAUCUUCCUCCUCUCCACCGCCUCCUUCCCGUCCUUCAAAAUCUCCCUGACCUUGGGCUACGUCCUCUCCAUCGCCUACCCCAUCAUCAUCUGGGCCACCAUGGCCAACGCGUGCCGCCCAAUAUCCUUUUACUGGAACCAGUUCGUGGGCGAGCAGGGGAAAUGCAUCGACAUCAACACCUUCUAUCUGGCGCUCGCCAUCAUCAACAUAGUCACCGACGUCAUCGUCCUCUUGAUUCCCAUCCCGCAGAUUCUAAAGCUGCAAAUGUCGGGGAGGAAGAAGGCUGCUGUUUGUAGUAUCAUGUUGCUGGGAAGUUUCGUCUGCGUAGCAAGCAUAGUCCGAAUAACCUACCUCUCAACCUUCUCCCACGCCCUCGACAUCACAUGGCAAAUGGGCCCCGUCUUCAUCUGA